UAUAAAAGAAAAUGUCUGUGCCAUUAAUUGAAGAUUCAGGAACAGGGUAUAGAAUGAAUCUUUGUUAGAUAUUUGAAGAUUGGAUUUGCGGGAGAUAAUUUUCCAGCACAUUCAUUUCCAGCAAUGGUAGGAAGACCAAUACUUAGAGCAGAUGAAUAAUUAGAUGAUAUUUAAUUGAAAGUAGAUAGAAAUGAUUAUAAUAUUAGGAAAUAAUGAUAGGGGAUGAAGCAUAACCAUAUAGAGGAUUAUUAGAAUUAACUCAUCCAUUAGAAGAAGGAGUAGUGAAAAAUUGGGAUGAUAUGGAAUUAAUUUGGGGAUAUGGUUAUAAGAAGGUAUAUAGAUAAAAUAAUAAUAAUUCAGUUAGGUAUAGAUCCAAAAGAUUAAACAGUAUUAAUGACAGAAGCAGCUGGAAAUCCUAAAAAAAAUAGAGAAAAGAUGGCAGAAAUAAAAUUUGAGAAGUUCGAAUUCAAUCAACUCAAUGUAGGAAUAUAAGCAUUAUUACCAUUAUUUGCAGAAGGAUUGAGAACAGCAUUAUUACUUGAUGCAGGUGAUGGUGUUACACAUUGUAUGCCAGUAUAUGAUGGAUUUUGUUUGAAUUAAGGAGCUUAGAGAAUGAAUAUAGCAGGAAGACAUGUAACAGAUUAAUUGGUCAAAUUAUUAUUUUAAAGAGGAUAUGCUUUUAAUUCUUCAGCUGAUUUUGAAUUAGUUAGAGAAAUUAAAGAAGCAUUAUGUUUUGUAAGUUCUGAUAUUAGAAUGGAUAAUAAAUUAGCAUAAGAAACAACAUGUCAUGAAAGUCUUUUUAGAUUACCUGAUGGAGGAAAAAUCAAAAUUGGUUAAGAAAGAUAUAUGGCUCCUGAAAUAUUAUUUUCUCCAUGGUUACUUGGUAAAGAUGCACCUGGAUGUGCUGAUAUAGUAUUUAAUGCUAUUUAAGUAAUAUUGUUUAUAUUCUUUAGAAAUCUCCUAUAGAUGCUAGAAAAACAUUCUAUGAAAAUAUUCUUAUUAGUGGUGGUACUACUAUGUUUCCAGGAUUUCCUACUAGAUUAUAAAAUUAAUUGAAAUCCAUAUUCGAAGAAACAGUAUUAAAAGGAAAUACAGCAUUUGCUGCUACCUCUAAAAUUAAAAUUAAAGUCUUGGUAUUUAUUUCUGAUAUUAUAUUUUACUUUAGGAUCCAGCAAGAAGAAAAUAUAAUGUAUUCAUUGGCGCAUCAUUUCUAUCUAAUGUUAUGAAAGAUAGAGCUAAUUUCUGGAUAUCAAGAAAAGAGUGGAAUGAAUUAGGACCAGAAAGAGCCAUGAUGAAAGUUAUGGAAUCUUUAUUAUGAUAUAAAUAAUAGUAUUCCUGUAUGAUAUUCAC